UCGGCGCGCGGCCCCGCCCCCCGCGGUCACACCACCCGCCCGGCCGGCGCUGCGUCAGCCCGGCAAGAUGGAGACCGCCGAGGAAGCAGAUAUAUGCAGAGUCUGUCGGUCGGAAGGAACUCCUGAGAAACCCCUCUAUCAUCCAUGUGUGUGUACUGGCAGUAUUAAAUUUAUUCAUCAGGAAUGCUUAGUUCAGUGGCUUAAACACAGCAGAAAAGAAUACUGUGAAUUAUGUAAGCACAGAUUUGCUUUCACACCAAUUUAUUCCCCAGAUAUGCCUUCACGGCUUCCAAUCCAAGACAUCUUUGCUGGACUGGUUACGAGUAUUGGCACAGCAAUACGAUACUGGUUUCAUUAUACACUUGUGGCCUUUGCAUGGUUGGGAGUAGUACCUCUUACUGCAUGUCGUAUCUACAAGUGCUUGUUUACUGGCUCUGUGAGCUCACUACUGACGCUGCCAUUAGAUAUUCUUUCCACGGAGAACUUACUGGCUGACUGUUUGCAGGGCUGUUUUGUGGUAACAUGCACUCUGUGUGCAUUUAUCAGCCUUGUUUGGUUACGUGAACAGAUCGUCCAUGGAGGAGCACCACAGUGGUUGGAACAAAAUCAACAACAGCCACUCAAUGGUGUUGGUCAACAAAAUGAGGCUCAGGCUGCUGUGAAUGGAGGUGUUGAAAAUGCUGUGCUUGAUCAACCUGCUAACCCAGCUGCUGAGAAUGUAGUUGUAGGUGAGAACCCUGAAAUUCAAGAGGAACAAGUAGAUGAAGAGGAGGAAGAUAACGAAGAUGAAGAGGAUGCUGUAGUAGAAGAUGCAGCAGAUGCAAACAAUGGAGCACAAGAUGACAUGAACUGGAAUGCUUUGGAAUGGGAUCGAGCAGCAGAAGAGCUUACUUGGGAGCGAAUGCUUGGACUUGAUGGAUCUCUAGUUUUCUUAGAACAUGUCUUUUGGGUGGUGUCUUUAAAUACACUGUUCAUACUUGUCUUUGCAUUUUGUCCAUACCACAUUGGUCACUUCUCCAUUGUUGGCCUGGGCUUUGAGGAAUAUGUCCAAGCAUCUCACUUUGAAGGCCUGAUUACGACUAUAGUUGGAUACGUUCUGCUAGCAGUGACUCUAAUUGUUUGUCAUGGUUUGGCAGCGCUUGUUAAGUUCCAGCGAUCACGUCGUUUACUAGGAGUGUGCUAUAUUGUUGUCAAGGUUUCCUUGUUAGUGGUGGUUGAAAUUGGUGUGUUUCCUCUCAUCUGUGGCUGGUGGUUGGAUAUAUGCUCCUUGGAGAUGUUUGAUGCCACUCUGAAAGACAGAGAAUUGAGCUUUCAGUCUGCCCCAGGCACCACAAUGUUUCUGCACUGGUUGGUUGGAAUGGUUUACGUCUUCUAUUUUGCAUCCUUCAUUCUUUUGCUAAGAGAGGUAUUGAGACCUGGUGUCUUAUGGUUUCUCAGGAAUUUGAAUGAUCCAGACUUCAAUCCUGUGCAGGAAAUGAUUCAUUUGCCCAUCUAUAGACAUCUCAGGAGGUUUAUCUUAUCAGUGAUUGUCUUUGGAUCAAUUGUGCUGCUCAUGCUCUGGCUUCCUAUACGCAUUAUUAAGUACCUCCUUCCUAACUUUCUUCCAUAUAAUGUUAUGCUCUACAGUGAUGCUCCAGUAAGUGAACUUUCCCUAGAGCUGCUUUUGCUUCAGGUGGUGCUUCCAGCUUUGCUAGAGCAAGGACAUACAAGGCAGUGGUUGAAAGGUCUUGUACGAGCAUGGACUGUUACUGCUGGAUACUUGCUGGAUCUUCAUUCUUACCUACUUGGUGAUCAGGAAGAGAACGAAAACAAUGCAAAUCAGCAACCUAACAACCAGCAUGCUCGCAAUAAUAAUGCCGUUCCAGUUGUGGGGGAAGGUCUCCAUGCAGCCCAUCAAGCCAUACUUCAACAAGGAGGACCUGUGGGUUUCCAGCCUUAUCGUAGGCCUUUAAAAUUCCCACUCAGGAUAUUUCUUUUGAUUGUUUUCAUGUGCAUAACAUUACUGAUUGCUAGUCUUAUCUGCCUUACCUUACCAGUGUUCGCUGGCCGGUGGUUAAUGUCCUUUUGGACGGGGACUGCCAAAAUCCAUGAACUGUACACAGCUGCCUGUGGUCUUUAUGUGUGUUGGCUGACUAUCCGAGCAGUGACAGUGCUGGUUGCCUGGAUGCCACAGGGUCGUAGAGUGAUUUUCCAGAAGGUCAAAGAAUGGUCUCUCAUGAUUAUGAAGACACUGAUAGUGGCUAUACUGCUCGCUGGUGUGGUUCCACUUUUGCUCGGUCUUCUGUUUGAACUGGUCAUUGUCGCACCUUUGAGAGUUCCUUUGGAUCAAACACCUCUCUUCUAUCCUUGGCAGGACUGGGCCCUUGGAGUUCUGCAUGCCAAAAUAAUUGCUGCCAUAACACUGAUGGGUCCCCAGUGGUGGCUGAAAACUGUUAUUGAACAGGUAUAUGCAAAUGGGAUUCGUAACAUUGACUUACACUUCAUCAUCCGUAAACUGGCAGCACCCGUAAUCUCUGUCCUCUUACUUUCCCUGUGUGUACCGUACAUCAUAGCUUCUGGUGUUGUACCUUUACUGGGAGUUACUGCUGAAAUGCAGAACCUAGUUCAGCGACGGAUUUAUCCUUUUCUGCUUAUGGUGGUGGUUUUGAUGGGAAUUCUGUCCUUCCAAGUCCGCCAGUUCAAGCGCCUUUAUGAACAUAUUAAGAAUGACAAGUACCUUGUUGGACAACGACUUGUGAAUUACGAACGGAAGUCUGGCAAACCAGGCACAUCAACAACUCCACCUCAGUCUUCACAAGAAUAGAUGGUCAUAUUAAACAUCUUGACCUUCCCUUUGCCUUUACAUGUCCUUUUUUCAUAGACUCUUCUCGUCUUUGGAUAUCUCUCCCAAUAAUACUCUCAGCAGUGUUUUGGCUUCUGUUGGUAGCAUUCAGAUAGCAGUUAAGGCUCUGUUUCUUAUCUGCAUUUUCUGAUGUUAUAAAUGCUGUCUGAGGUCUGUAUAUGUGUAUAUAGAAGUGUCCUGACACCCUAAAACCUUGGAUUAAAAAGAAUGUGCAUUGUACAUCUUUAAAAAGUAUAUUAAUUUAUUAAAUCUAGUUGUCACUUUAUUUUGGACUGCUGUUCUGUUGACAGUGUGCCACAAAGCAAUAGUGCAAAGAGGCAAGAUGUUUUUAUAAAAUUUGGAGCUUACUUUAUGGUUGUUCAUAACAGUUCUUAGUGUAGUAAUACAGUAUGAUUUUUCAUGAGUGGAAAGGCCACGUAGAGAAUAUCAAAAGUAAAUAACUGUCUUACAGUCAGCAAUGAAGUUGCUGUGGUGAGAACAUAAUGAACUAUGUAUCUUGCUGUCCAGUCUUUUUUAUUAUUUUGUAUAACACCAAAGCUGUUGUACAUUUUUCUAUUGCCUGAUUGUUUUUCAUGUGUCAGAGUUUGUAAUAUUGUACAGUUGCUGUUAAAUCAAGAAAAUAUUUCCUCUUCUGAGAAUUCAGAUGUACUUGUUGAGGCUCAGCUGGAUUUUUCUGUUUGUUUGAAGGGGGUAGGUGGGUGUUUGCUUUGGGAUCAGGAUUUCAUUAAUUGAAACAGUAAGUAUAAAUUUACUAAGGCUAGGUGAUGGAAGCAUUUAAAAGUACCAAUUAAAAUUAGAUAGGUUUACAACUUAAAUUGUAGCCAAUUUCUUAUCAAUACUAGAAUUUUUCAAGAUCUCAAGAAAAGGGAUGAACCUUAACUGAUGUGCUUGCACAGCACAAAAAGCAUAGUGUAAGCAACAUCCUGACCUGAUCCUUAGUUAAAGAGCUUGAAAUCUUUUUUCUGUAAGUUACCAAAGUUGAAAAUUGUAGUAUGAAUUUUAUAUUGCACAAUUACUUUUAAAAAAACCCAACCAAAAAAAAUUCUCUCAGAAUUGGUCACUGUGAAUUUUUAUGGGAAUAAUACUGAGGAAGUGAUUUAUCAUGUACCAUUUAUGGCCCUGAGGGGCAGGGAAAUACAUAUGCUAUUAAACAGGCAAGGAAAAGUUAGCAGAUUUCUUUGCAAGAACACAGUUGAACAGGAGCCACCAAAUCAAGUCUGUGUUAUUUCUAUAUGUAGAUAAGAGUUCUUUUGCAGUAAUGUGUGGGGGUGGGGGGUUAUGUAGAUAAAGAAAAUCCAUAACAGUAUCACAGAGCUUUAAGUAGCAUCAAAUCAAUGCUUAGAUUGCAGUCUCUUUCCUGGACCAAUGCGGAAAAUGUGAACAUCCAUUGCAGUAAUGAGAAAAUUGAUGGAACAUCUAACUUGCUAUUCAGUACACUCCCCUUCAGUAUUCUGUACUUUACCAUGUGUGUAUAUAAUUAAUACUUGAGAAUCUGAUAUGGUAUGAGCUAAUGUGAUCCAGGCUGUGAUGGUGGUAGUUCUUAUUUUUGGUGUCUGGACUCAUGCUCUAAGGCAGUGAGCACAAGCCAAAUGCAUCUGAAUGUAGUGGCAGGAUGAUUGGGCUGUCACUCUCAGAUCCAUACUAUUUUACAGAAUUACUGUUGUCCUGAUGGUUUUGAACCACAAAUAUUACCCUUUGGAGUGAUUUAUUAGGAAAUUUCCAGUGAAAUGAAAUCAUUGAAAAAUAGCCAAAAUAUUUCUUUCAUUCACUGUUGCUGAUUAAAUGCUAAACUGAGUAUAUAUUCGCCCCAUAUAUUUUUGAUGUGCAUAAAUACUGCAUUUGAUUAUUUAUAGUGGUGUACAUUGUGGGACAGAUAUAUUUUCACAAUAAUCAAUUCACUGGUAACAUACAUUCUUACUUAUGCCAAGAUUCUGUUUUUGACAUACCUUUCACAAACAGUUCCAAAAUGAUCUUGCCACUCAAAUAUUGCGAGCACUACUGUGCGUUAUGCAAAAUUUGGUACUUGGUUACAAGGUACUUGUAACUUUGUGUUUUUAUCCAGACAAACUGGUCUUAAUAUUAAAAUCUAUUAAGAAAAAGCCUUUGUGCGGUUUCUUACUACUGGUAUUUUACAAGUCAUGAAAGAAAAUAUCAAAUCAGGCCAGUCAUGCAAUGUGAACUGCAGAUAUUUUGAUAUAGCUUACAUUAUCUGCUUUUGGUUUUUUUUAUGGAAAACUGGUUUCAAAUCCAACUGUUGUUCUGGCUUUUGCACUGCUUUACAGAUCCCAGGUGAAAUUUGUUUCCAGAACUGUCCAUUGUGAACUUUUCGGAAAUCUCAUCUCCUCACUGCUUAUUUUUACACAUUUUUUUGGAAGAAUAUGGAGGCUGUAGAGAACAGAAAUUAAAUAACAGUCCUUUAUACAUUGUUCUAAAUUUCAGUGGUUUGCCUUAUUGUGUGCUGUGUACUCCCCUGGCAUAGAAACUUGAUAAGUAAGCAUGUAAGUUAAGUGGCUGUUUCUGAGGCAGCUGAUGAGCACUGUACCAGUGCUUCCAUCUGUGCUGGAUGGAUGCAGAAUGGUGUGGGCUCCUAUUACUUUUCAAGUGGGAAAGACUGUGUGUGUGCAUGUGUGUGUGCGUGUGUGUGUGUGUGUGUGCUCUUUCACCACAAAUUGUGUUGACCUUGGUCUUGACUGGAGGGGUUGGAGGUGUGUACUGGCUCAAUUGUAUCCCCUUUGUGUGUUGAGAAUCUAAUGCUGUUGUUAGUUCUACAGGCCUUCAUGCAAGAACUGUCAGAUGGCUCUGUAGCUAUCUUGUGCAUAUUGAAAGAAGUUAAGUGCAGCAUGGCUUUGACUGUUUUUACACAGAUUAUUUUAUAUUGAUUAAAAAUAGUUAAAACUCUG